ACCGACAUAGCGUGAGCACGAGAUACGUUCAAAAAAGAAAUCCUAAAGAACAAGGAUUACUAAACGAGCACGCUCGCCGGCGCCGGGAAUCACGAUCAGAUCCAAUCCAAGACCGCGCCCCAGCCCGGCGGAUGGAUCCCGCCGCCGUGGCCAUCGUGACGGUGCCGUUCCCGGCGCAGGGCCACCUGAACCAGCUGCUGCACCUGUCCCUGCUCCUCGCAUCGCGGGGGCUUCCUGUCCACUUCGCCGCGCCGGAGCCGCACCUCCGGGAGGCCCGCGCGCGCCUGCACGGCUGGGGGCCCGACCCCGCGGCGGUGUGCUUCCGCGCGCUGGACGUGCCCGCGCACGACUCCCCCUCCCCGGACCCAUCCUCCCCGUUCCCGGCGCACAUGCUGCCCCUGUUCGAGGGCUUCUGCACCGGCGCGCGGGCCUCGCUAGCCGCGCUCCUGGCGGAGCUGGCCGCGUCGCACCGCCGCGUCGUCGUCCUCUACGACCGCAUGGCGGCCUUCGCGGCGGCCGAGGCCGCGCGCUUACCCAACGCCGAGGCCCUCGGCGUGCACUGCCUCGCCGCCUCCUACAACGUCGGGUGGGCGGACCCGGGGCACGCCCUCCUGCGACGCCACGGCCUCGUGUUCCACCCGCCCGACGCCUGCGCCACGCCGGAGUUCGUCGCGCUCGCCAGGCAGAUGGGCCAGGAGCGCCGGCGCGCGCCCGGAGCCGGCAUGGUCGUCAACACCUGCCGCGCGCUCGAGGGCGACUUCCUCGACGCACUCCGGGGGAUCCCGUCCUCCGACGGCCCAAGGCUGUUCGCCGUCGGGCCUCUCAGCCCGGUGCUCCCCCUCCCCGGCGCGAGCGGGACUCGGCACGAGUGCCUGGGCUGGCUCGACGCGCAGCCGCCCUCGUCGGUGCUGUACGUGUCGUUCGGUACGACGUCGUCGCUCCGCCCGGAGCAGGUGCGCGAGCUGGCCGCCGCGCUGCGGGACAGCGGGGCGCGCUUCGUGUGGGCGCUGCGGGACGCCGACCGCGCGGGCAUGCGCGGCGGGGAGGGGGGUGCCGAGGCCCUCCGCGCCGCCGCGGCGUCCGAGCUCGGCCCCGACGGCGCUGGCGUGGUGGUCACCGGGUGGGCGCCGCAGCUGGAGAUCCUGGCGCACGGCGCCACCGCGGCGUUCAUGAGCCACUGCGGCUGGAACUCCACCGUGGAGAGCCUCAGCCACGGGAAGCCUAUCCUGGCGUGGCCCAUGCACAGCGACCAGCCCUGGGACGCCGAGCUCGUGUGCAAGUACCUCCGCGCCGGCGUCCUGGUGCGCCCGUGGGAGCGGCGCCAUGACGUGACCCCCGCGGCCGACAUCCGCGACGCUAUCGACAGGGUCAUGGCCUCGGAGGAAGGGGCUGAGAUCCGGCGGCGGGCCGGGGCGCUCGGGGAGGCCGUUCGCGGCGCCGUGGUCGAGGGCGGGUCGUCUAGGCAGGACCUGGAGGAGCUCGUCGCGUACGUGACGAGGUGAUUCCGUCGCGAUGGCCCAUGCGGCGACUGUGCCGCGUGGCGGCGCUGCUGCCUGCAUUAACGAUUUGUUUCCAUGGACUAUAUUUGAAAUGAAAUCAGAAGGUUUUAGGCCAGGCUAUGGUUUCAUUUGAGGGUUGGCCAGGCCAUCUUCGUAGCCUA